AUGGAUAAACGAGAUGUUAUAUAUCAAGGAUUGGAUUGUAUUAAAGAUUCAAUGGAACAAGAAUACAUGACUCUAGGUAGUCAACUGCAAGCAGCUGUAAAAUGGGCAGCACAAGCUGAUUAUGCUUUAUAUACUGCCUAUUUUGGAGUUGCAACCAUUUUUGUUGCUUUUGUUAAGCACCUAUAUUAUAGAUUUAGAGAUUAUAGAUAUAAGAACAGACAAACAUCUAAUGUUGCUACUUCAAUUGUUGAUGUCUUGAUAUCUUAUUGUCGUUUUAUUGGAUAUAAACAAGUCCCAGCCAGAAUUCGUUUCUUCACAUCAUUACCUAAUUCAGUUGGUGGGUCCUUAUACGUUUCAUUUACGUCAUUAUAUUUAUUAUGUUAUUGUUUAGUGCCCCAUUUCUGGUAUCGUGAAUGUCGUGGAUUUGGAUCUCCUCCAUUGGCAGUUAGGGCAGGAUUAAUGGCUACGGCAUUAACCCCGUUUAUUUAUGUUUUGGCCGGGAAAUCAAAUGCAAUUACGUUGUUGACUGGUAUGAGUUAUGAAAAAUUAAAUGUUUAUCAUCAAUUUGUUGGUGUUGCAGCGUUUGUGUUAUCAUUAAUUCAUACAAUUCCGUUCUUAUAUCAAGAUUUAAGAGAAGGGGGGAAUAGUCAUUUGUUUCUGAAUUUUCAAACUCAAUUUGAAUAUUAUUCCGGGAUUCCUCCAUUAAUAUUCCUUGGGUUAUUAUGUACAUUAUCAAAAUCAUGGGUAAGAAAACAUGUAUAUGAAUUCUUUUUACAUUCUCAUUGGAUGUUUGGUAUUGCUUAUUUUGGAACCUUGAUUUGGCAUAUUAAUAAAUCCUUAGGAGCUGAUAAUUACAUGUGGGGAGCAUUAGGAUUCUGGGCCACGCAAAUCUUAUAUCGUAUCUUAAUGAAGACUUGUUUUAAACCAACUUCAAUGUUUUUACGUUCUCGAGAUGCUGUACUUCGUAAACUUGGUGAAAAUGUCUAUGAAGUCACAAUUGCAAACACAAAGGGCUAUACUUGGACUCCGGGGCAACAUUGUUUUUUAAGAUUUGUGGGUGGUAGAAUCCUUGAUAAUCAUCCUUUUUCAAUUGCGUCCAUGAGCAGCAAUGAAUCAAAUUCAGAAAUGAAGUUCAUUAUUGUCCCUCGGAAGGGGUUAACUAGAGCCCAUUAUCUUGAAUUAGAUCAACAUAUCACAACCAAGAAGAAAGUAUUCAUUGAUGGUCCAUAUGGAGGUACAUUUAGAGAUGUUACUGGUUUCGAAAGAGUGGUGUUAAUUGGAUCUGGGAGUGGGGUGACUGCAAUCAUUCCAUUCUUAACCUAUUUGGCAAAUCAUAUUUCCAAGCUCAGCAAAGAUAGUAAACCUUUUGUCACCGAGUAUAUUAAUUUUGUUUGGAUUAUAAGAAAAGAAGAACAUAUCGAUUGGAUUAGAGAUGAAUUACUUCAAUGUCAAAAAUUGGCUGGUGACGCUAUCAAUAUUCAGAUUUAUGUUAGCGAAGAAGAUGCUGAGAAGGCCAAAGUUGUUGAUGAUAAUAAAACUGAAGAAAAGCUUUGUUGUGAAAUAGACUCCAGUGAUGAUCCAAAUAGUACUGUUGGUUCGAUACACGAAUUUUCCAUUACCUACAAGAAGCCUUCAAUUCCAGAAGUUAUUACAAGUUUAGGUCAUACUUUGUCAAGAAGGAAUAUUUUCAUUUCUUCUGGUAGUGAUUCUAUGAAAGAAGAAGUAAGUAAUUCGGUGUCGAAAUUACAAUCUUUGGUUUUCAACAAUGAUAUUCUCGCAUCUAAUGUUGAAGAAAUUUACUUGCAUACCGAAUCUUUCGGCUGGUAA